CACGCGGCGGUGGGUGCCUUAUUUAUAACUAGUGCUGUGAAGGCUAAUCCACCCCGAUCCACUGUAGCCAGAGGCACUUCGGGCCCGAGCUCCAGAGAAGGGGGGAGGAGAAAGAAGAUAAAUUAAUUUGUUACGAAGUGAUAGCAUCCAGUUGAGCAUGUGGUGAUCCUUCAUCUGCGUCAGACCUGUGUAAACAGAUGACACUACAACAAGCACUGGGCUAGACUAUUUAAGGAGCAGCAUUUCAAACUGUUAGAACUUAUCUAACCCGAGCACUACUCUCUCUCUGAUUUGAACUAGGAAAAAGUAACUCACUUAAAGGUAGGAGAUGAUGGCUAUGUACAGUGGUAUCUGCAUCUACAUGUUCCUUGCUAUGCUGUCAACGAGCUCUUUUGGACAGCAGGCUACAGGCUCGCACAAUGAGAACCCUGUGGCCACUGAGCUUGAGCAGAGCUUGACAGAGCAUCACCGACAUGUUCGUGUCCCUUCAUCAGCUGGCCAGCUGAAACCUAUCCAGCGGCUGGAUGGAAAUGUUGACCAAAAAGCCAACAUUGGAGCUUUGCUGGCCAAAUAUCUCCAGCAAGCCAGAAAAGGUCCUACUGGAAGGAUCUCAAUGAUGGGAAACAGGGUACAGAACAUUGACCCUACACACAGGAUAAACGACAGAGAUUACAUGGGCUGGAUGGAUUUUGGACGCCGCAGUGCUGAAGAAUAUGAGUACUCCUCCUAAAGAACAUCAAACUAUCUCAAAAAGAAGAAUCCUACUCCCAUUUCUGUACAGAAAGAAAAAAUUUAAUUUUUGUCCUCUACGAAUCAGUGUUUAAAAAAUAUAUAAUGUCCUUGAUGUAAAUUUGUCUGUAAAACUAUCCAAUGCAAUAUAUACAUAUGCAGAAUUUUCCAAAAAAAAUGUUCUUUCUCCUAUGGUUUCUUAUCAUACUCUGUUGAUAUAUUAUUAAAAUUAUUUCAUUUAUUCCCUUCUUGUCCUGUCACAGCAAGUUGCUGGGUGUCUUACAAUAAACUCAAGCAGGAAAAUGCCUUCAUUCUACUAGGUAAAUAUGUUACAUGUGUUAAGCAAGCAUACAAGUGAAGAACCAUUUUUUAAAUCAACCUUGCAGCAUUCUCUUUGGUUGUGGACUCUAGAGGUAACCUGUCCCAGUGUCAAUCUAGUAGCACAGUUUUGUCACAAAAGGUCAAGUAUCUUCAUAGUUACCCUAUUUGUAAAGGAUUCAGUUAUACAACAAAGUCACAUGUUUUCAGUGAAUGGUCAACAGUGCUAAAUCUUUAGGAAAAACCUUUCAUCUUCUUGGCUUAGUUAUUUUCUGUUGUGAAUUAAAUGUGAAAAUUCUGCUAAUAGCUAUUAAUCAUGGAAUAAAUAGAACAUUCCUUGCCUUGCGGUGAGUUAUACAUUUGUUUUGGGUUUGUGAGGUAACCCUAUAAGUACAGUUCUUUUGAGGGAAGUGGAAGGGAAGUGCCAUGUAGUUGAUAUCAGAAUAAUUGUAAUUAUAUCUAUAUCACACUGUUUUAAAAAAGUAGGUUGAGUCUUUAAAUCAUAAGUUAGGCCAAUACUUCUAUUGACUUGAACCAGAAAUAAAGUUCAUCCCAAAU